UUGGAGUUGGGGAGGUCUGAGUUAACACUGGAAUUAUCGUGAGGCGACUAAAACUCUCCGACUAACGCGGAACAAUCUCCUGACCAUACAUCGAUGGCAGCUUGGACUCUGUGGAAUGUUGGCCAGACCAAAAUUCCAACAUUGUCCAAUGUGACAUCUUCGACGCUGUUUGAUGAGACAACGCCGCUUUAAACGGGUCAGGAAAGUCGAAUGUCCAUAGAGGGCGAUGUUAAUAGAGGCUGUAUGAAGGAUUGGUCGAUAUUGUGAUAGCGUUGAAGUGCCGAAUAUGUGGCGGCAGAUGAUAGAUGUGCUGCAACUUAGGUUCCCCUUUCUUUUUAGGAGACUUAUCGAUCAGUCAAUUUGCUGCUCUUGGUGCCACGGGUCUUGUCCGUACCCUGAAGGAAUCGCUGCGGCAGAAAGUCGGGAGAAUCGUUUGAGAUACGGCAUAUAUGUGGGGCUAGCGUAUUAAAGAAACCUGAUAUAAACCAGUAACACAUUGCAGACUAGCUUAGACUGAACAUGACCUCUUCAAUGAUAGGCUGAAUACACGCCAACUCUUCAGAUGAUUAUGGCUCAUGUCCGUAGAAAAUGUGAAAGACAAAAUCUCAGUGCACCAAACCGUCUACAGUAGUUGGGACCGAUCGCAGUGAAAGCUGUUUAUUCUACUAAAGAAAGGCACUUUGUUACUUCCAUUCUGACAGACUAGCACUUUGACAAUCCUACAGUCAUGGAUGUUAACACCACCAAUGUCAUCGUCGGCAGUCUCUCCGGCCCACUGCGAGUUCUUUACGGCUCUGCCGUCAUCCUCGCCUGUAUCUUAGGCAUCACGGGAAAUGGUCUGGUCAUCCUCUCAAUCGCUACCACGCCCAAGCUCCGUACCUCCCACAACGCCUUCGUGUUCAACCUCAGCAUCGCAAAUCUACUGCUGUCGGUCUUCACCAUGCCGUUCUACGCCACGGCCAUCCUGGCUGAGGGCUGGCCUCUCAGCCCCUCUCUCUGUCGACUUCAAAUCGAGCUCUCCUUAAACCUCUGGCAGGUGUCUGUACUCACUCUGGCCGCCGUUGCAACCAAUCGCUAUCUCCUGGUCGCCAAGUCAGCUGAGACAUACAGCCGCUUUUGCGGCUUCAAACAGAUUGCUGUUAUCCUCUUCCUGGUCUGGUUGGAGGGUCUUUCAAUGUCCUUGCUUGCCGAGUUUGUCAUCGAGGUGGACAUCAGGUAUGUACCAGAAUUUUCCAGCUGUGCCCUGAACCCGUGGCACUCACCCUCGAAUCACUUCAUCACGGCACUGAUCAGCAUCUUGGUAAUGACUGUAAUGAUCAUUAUACCAGUGCAGUAUUUCCGCGUCCUGCUGGUGGUUCGAGCCAGCAGGCAACGCGUCGGGCGCGCCGUAGGGAUGGAGCUAUCUACAGCCGGGCAGCAGCAGAACGGGCCCCGCCGAGCUUGUCCCAAUUGCAACCUCCCAGGACCAGCGGGGGUCACCAAGGAGGAAAUAAAACUCAUCAAGAUGUUCAUUCUUCUUUCCCUUGUCUACACGAUCUCCUACUUGCCAAUCUCCAUCGUCUACCUUUUUGUUGCUAUCUUUCCCGUGCUCAUCCGAGGUGCACGUUUCGGAGCGUUUGUCCUUUCGAUAGCACCAGCCGUUAAUCCGGUAGUCUACGCUUGGAUGAACAGAGGUAUCCGAAAAGCUUGCUACCGACUUCUCAGAUGCAAACGUAUGGUUACGAGUCCAAGGUUGGAGAGGCAGUUAGAACAGGCAUAG